CGAUAUUGUUGAAAAAGUCCAAAAUAUAAAUCAGAAUACUUGAACCUCAGCCUCAGCGCCCUACACGUUUCACAUUCUUUAGUUUGCCAUGGGUAUUUUCAUUCCACACGAAGCGCUUUCGAACUUGAAGAACUACAAGUACCAGAGUGACGACCGGUCGCUUGUAACCAAGUACGUGUUGAAGCCGUUCUGGUUGAAGUUUGUCAAGAUCUUUCCCUUGUCGAUGGCGCCCAACGCCGUCACCUUGUCCGGGUUGGGCUUCGUCAUCGUCAACCUCAUUACCACGCUCUACUACGAUCCGUAUUUGGAUACACCGUCGCCACGCUGGACCUACUUCACGUACGCCUUUGGCUUGUUUAUGUACCAGACCUUCGACGCGUGCGAUGGGGCCCACGCGCGCCGUACGGGUCAGAGCGGACCGUUGGGCGAGUUAUUCGACCACUGUGUGGAUGCAGUGAACACGACCUUGUGCUUGAUUGUAUUUGGGUCCGUGACACAGACGGGCUGCGGGUUUAUCUUAUUGUUGUCGCAGUUCGGCACCUUGGCCAAUUUCUACUUGUCUACCUGGGAGGAGUACCAUACACACGUAUUAUACUUGUCGGAGAUCAGUGGGCCUGUUGAGGGGAUCUUGAUUAUAAUUGCGAUGCACUUGGCAACCGGGAUCUUCGGCUCCACCAUCUGGACCACCCCGCUUUUCCAGUUAGACUUGGGCUGGCUCACCCAGGGUAACGUUGGCUUCACCGCGACCCAUGCCUACACGUUUAUAGGCGCCGCGGGGUUGUACUUCAACAUCCACUCGGCCAGAAGGAACGUUAACAACGCCUUCAAGAACAACAAGGCGAAGCUCAAUGAGGCCACCAAAGGCUUGAUUCCGUUCUUCGCCUACUACACAUCUAUCGUGGUGUUGCUCGUUACAAACCCGGCGAUUCUCGAUAACACCAUCCCAUUAGUUAUCUCUAUCGGUCUCACCAUUGCCUUCUCUGUCGGCAGAAUCAUCACCGCGCACUUGACCAUCCAAGCAUUCCCGAUGAUCAACCCGCCAAUGUUUAUUCCGACUGUGCAAUUAAUAAGUAUCCCAGUUUUGACCCACGUCUUUGGAUAUGACUACCAGAAGGUUUUGACAGCUCUCGGGUGGGGUGGCUUGGGCUUGACCGUGGGCAUCCACAGCAUGUUUGUGACCGAGAUUAUCUAUGAGAUUACCACUUAUUUGGAUAUUUAUGCGUUGACCAUCAAGCAUCCCAAAACUGCGUAGGGCCGUAUAACAGGCCGUAGGAGCUGUCUGGUGAAGAUACCUUGACCUCUGAACUUUCCAGCUCCUGACUAUAUAUUUCAGAUUUUUAUCAAUAAUUCGAUAAAAUCGUAUCAGCUUGUAACUAAUCGUUAUCCCGGUUAGUACAUAAUGUUUGACCAGAC